AUGAAGUGGAUGGCAUGCAAUGGGAUGAAGGGCCCAGUAAUAGAAAAUGAAGGAGAGGCAAAUGAAGAGGAGGACAUUGAAGGGGGUGAAGGGCCAAAUAACAGAAAUGAGGGAGAGGACAAGGAAGAGGAGGGGAUUGAAAGGGGUGAAGGGGCAAGUAAGACAAAUGAGGGAGAGGAAAAGGAAGAGGAGGGGAUUGAAGGGGUGAAGUGCCAAGUAAGAGAAAUGAGGGAGAGGAAAAGGAAGAGAGGGGAUUGA